GUAGGGGGCGAUAUGCGACGAUAGAUCUACGUGAGGAGACUUGGAAGAGGACGCAAAGUGAAAGUAGCACACAACUUUUAAUGAAAAGGCUAUUUAAAGACUAACUAAUAAUGCAAAGGGACAUCGGAACAGUUUCUGCAAUUAAAUCUUUAGGGUACGUGGACACGGCAUGCGUCAGGAGGUGCCAAUGUGAUGAACUUCCUUGUCCACUGCUCACCUGGCUGUGCACGCAGCUAAAAAUGCAUUGCCCUGAGCUAAAAGGAGGAGGGAGUGACCUAAUGUUGGCUAAUGAGCUCAAAAAUAUGCUGUUGGAAAUGUCAUCUCCUCUGGCUGCUCUGACCUUUGAAGUUUUGGACUCAUCUACAAUUGAUAAAAUUACCGAUUACUUUAUUUCAGAACUGCAAGCUGCUAUCAUCAACAAGCACAAGGACCUAUGUUCUGAAGAAAAAGCAGGAGAGAAAUGUCCAAAAGAGCAAAGGUGUGUCACCUUGAAUUCUGAGGAGAUUUGUCCAGAAUAUGAAGAUGCCAGUAUGCAAGAUGAAUGGAUGCUGGUGCUCAAAACCCUUAAGCUGGAUGCAAAUUCACAUAUUACAGAUGUUUCGAAUGAAGUAGAGUCAAGGAUGACAAACCUACCAUCUGAUGCCAUCAGCCCUCUUCUAAACACCAGUCUUAGUCCAGAGCAGUGGGUCAAACUUGAAAAACUAAAUGAAAUUUUGUGUAAAGAUUAUAAGUGUCGGAGACAAAUGAUGAUCAAACGCUUUCAAGUAACACUUGAAUCAUUUGCAUGGGGAGACAACAAAAUGGAAAAAAUGAAAGUCCUAGACACAAUUCCUCAGAUUGCUUCUCUAGAUGGCCCCUCUGACGUGUCUCUGCAUCAUGUUCUUGCUGCCAGAGUGAAUCAGUCUUGUAAUGAACCAAUCCGCCCAGGGAAUACAACUCCGAUUUAUAAAGUGAAGAUGGGAGAUGUCCCAGAUCGCGGCGGGAGACCAGGAGAAAUAGAGCCACCAAUGCCAGCCUGGGAAGAUCGGAGAUCAGGACACAGAUCAGGGCGAGGAGGUGGAAACCAGAAAUGGCGCAAAUUUGCUGACAAAAAAAAGAAAAAACGUUAAUUUAAUAUAAUUAUUAAAAAGGCCCACUAGAAUCUUCAUUUCUUAAUGUUUGAUUUAUGUUUGAGAUGAAUACAAAAUAAUAAUUAAUUUAUACAUUUUGUAUAUAUUUUAUUUUUAUUAAAUUGAGUUUCUUGCACAUUUUAAAAUAAAAAUAAUAAUUGUAUAAUUUUAGGACAAAUAUAAACAAUUUAAAGCCA